AUGAAAUAUAUGGAUGCGGCUAGCACAAACGAAGCCCUCAGCAAAAUGUUCGGAAUAUGGGGUUAUCCUGCAGUCAUCCAAAGCGAUAACGGCCCACCCUUCCAAAGCGGAAGGUUCGUAGAAAACUGGGAAAACAAGGGGAUCAAAAUACGAAAAUCGAUUCCACUGAGUCCACAAUCCAAUGGAGCAGUGGAACGACAGAAUGAAGGUAUCAAAAGAGCUUUGGCUUCUUCUAAAUUGGACAAAACGAAUUGGAGAAUGGCGUUGGAGAAAUAUAUCCACGUUCACAACAAAGUGCGUCCACUCUCAAGGCUUGGAGUUACUCCAUUCGAGCUAUUGGUUGGGUGGAAGUUCAGGGGUACCUUCCCUUGUCUGUGGACACCAGAUGCUGUUACCAACAUCGACCGUGACGAGAUACGAGAAAAAGACGCAUACUCCAAACUCGAAAGUAAACAAUAUGCAGAUGCUAAGCGAGGCGCUAAACCAUCGGACUUAAAGGUUGGCACGUAG